AUGAUCCAAAUUUUUCUGUUUAGUAAUCUAUUAACAAGACAAUAAUGCCAAUGAAAUUUCUUUUUCUUCUGUAAUAUUCAAUACAAAAAUCCCAAACCCCAUAAAUCGUUUUCCAUUCCAAAAUUCUCAGAUUUCUCAAUUGUUCAAUCAACCAAUUUUUUUGUAUGCUUUGUUCAUCACAAAGUUUGCAAGAAUAAUAGUUGAUUUUACAAUUGUUACAUUUUCAAAAAUGGGUGUGGAUUUCUAUAAUAUAUUGAAGGUUGAAAAAAAUGCUACCGAUGAUGAUUUGAAGAAAGCAUAUAGAAAAUUGGCUAUGAAAUGGCACCCUGAUAAGAACCCUACCAAUAAAAAAGAAGCUGAAGCCAAUUUCAAACAAAUUUCUGAAGCUUAUGCGAUAUUGAGUGAUCCUCAAAGAAGGAUGCUAUAUGAUCAGCUUGGAGAACAAGGGUUAAAAGAUAAGCCGCCGCCGGGAAAUGAGUCGUCGAGUGGUUUUAAUCGGUCUGCGGAGGAUAUCUUUACGGAAUUCUUUGGGAGUAGUCCUUUGAAUUUUGGAUCGUCUGGAGCUGGAAGGUCGAAGAGAUUCUCGUCUGAUGGUGGAGGAAGUGGCCCGUUUGCUGGAUUCAGUGGAGAUUUUAAUUUUCGAACACGCAGCGAAAGAACAACGUAUAUGCCAAAGAAACCGUCACCUGUGGAGACCAAACUGCUUUGUAGUAUGGAGGAGUUGUAUUCUGGUUCUACUAGGAAAAUGAAGAUCUCAAGGACUGUAAUGGAUCCCAAUGCUUACGGAAGGGAAAUAAAAGAAACAGAGGUAUUAAGCAUUGAAGUAAAGCCAGGAUGGAAGAAAGGGACAAAGAUUACAUUCCCAGAUAAAGGGAAUCAGCAAAUAAAUCAGCUACCAGCAGAUCUUGUGUUUGUGAUUGAUGAGAAGCCUCAUGAAGUGUUCAAGAGAGAUGGGAAUGACCUUAUUGUGAACCAGAGGAUAACACUAGCAGAAGCCAUUGGAGGAACUUUAAUAAAUAUAAAAACACUCGACAAACGUAACGUACGCGUUCAAGUGAAAGACAUUGUGAGUCCUGGUUAUGAGCUUGUUGUUUCUAAUGAAGGAAUGCCAAUAACAAAGGAGCCUGGUCACAGGGGUAAUUUGAAGAUCAUAUUUGAGGUUAAGUUUCCUAAGAAAUUGACACCAGGACAACGUACUGCACUUAAGAGAGUUUUGGGAGGUUGAUCCAAGAUUGAUUACACUAUUUUUCAAUUCUUGGUUGCUUUUUCAUUUGUCAUUUUCUUGAGGAUGUAUAACUUUUCGUCCUUUUUUUUAGUGUAACACUAACAUGACCCUUUUUAUUGGUGUGUGCUUUCGGACAAGAGUAAUAUACUAAUAUACAAUAGGUCAUACAUUGCA